AGUAAUUACAGAGUUUAAUUCUAGCAUUAAGAGUGUAGUUAUAAUUAUAUAUGAAUUUCUAAAUAUCGCAUGUGAUAUAAUCGGUGCUUGGUACUUGGAAUUUGCAAUCGAUCAUGUUACACAUUUUGGAAAUAGCAAAGUGUUCGAGAUUGUUAAAUAAACACAGUGUGAUCCGUGGAUUAACAUCAAGCAAUGUACGGAUGGAAAGUAUUGAGAAGCUUCUUCUACGAAAGGAUGAGUUUCAAAUUAGGCAUAUCGGACCGAGGGAACAAGAACAAUUGGAAAUGUUAAAAACUGUUGGCUAUAAGAGCUUGGAUGAAAUGACGAAAGCAGCAAUUCCAGCAAAGAUUCUUUACAAAGGGGAAUUGGAAAUCGAAGAACCAGUUACGGAGUAUGAAUUAUUGAAGAGAAUCACAAAUAUUUCUGAGAAGAAUGAUGUAUGGCGUUCCUACAUUGGCAUGGGCUAUCAUAAUUGCUGCGUUCCUCAUACUAUUUUGAGAAACAUAUUCGAAAAUCCAGGAUGGACAACGCAAUAUACACCGUACCAGCCAGAGAUUUCUCAAGGCAGGCUGGAAGGUUUACUGAAUUACCAAACAAUGAUAUGCGAUUUAACUGGAAUGGAAGUAGCAAAUGCGUCCCUUCUAGACGAAGGCACAGCAGCUGCCGAAGCCCUGGCUCUAGCUUACAGAAGAAACAAAAGAAAAAAGCUGUUUGUGUCUGACAAAGUUCAUCCUCAAACGAUCAGCGUGAUUGCUACACGUGCCAGUUCUCUGGGCCUCCAAAUGGAAAUUGGUGAUGUUUUUCAAAUUGACACCGGUGCGAAGGAUAUUGCUGGAGUUCUUGCACAGUAUCCGGAUACCACUGGAUCUAUUUACUGUUUCGAGGACUUUGUGAAGAGGGUGCAUGAGGAUGGUACGCUAGUCUGUGCAGCUACCGACUUAUUGGCACUGGCGAUACUACGACCACCGAGCGAAUUUGGAGUCGACAUAUGCGUUGGCACGAGUCAACGUUUCGGUGUACCGCUUGGAUACGGAGGACCUCACGCUGGAUUCUUCGCGUGCAGGGAAAAACUGGUGCGCCUGAUGCCUGGCAGAAUGAUCGGUGUCACGAAGGACUCGAACGGUCAGGAUGCUUAUCGUUUAGCCCUCCAAACGCGCGAGCAACACAUCAGACGCGAUAAAGCCACUAGCAACAUUUGUACUGCGCAAGCAUUGCUGGCUAACAUGUCUGCAAUGUAUGUGGUGUACCAUGGAUCUGAUGGAAUAAAGAACAUAGCGAACAGAGUACACAACCUGACUCUGAUUCUUGCGAAAGGCUUAGAGGAUGCUGGGAAUAAAGUAGAGAACCAAUACUUCUUUGAUACCAUCAAAGUAGUGCCUAUGGUGCCUAUAAAAAGUAUAAAGGAAAAUGCAGCUGCACUUAAGAUAAACUUCAGGUACUACAAUGAUGGGGUUGGUAUAUCUCUGGAUGAGACCACUACAGUUCAGGAUGUGAAUGAUAUUUACAAGGUAUUUUGUGCUGAAACAACAGUCGAGGAUGUAUGUCGGGACGAAUCUUGCAUGAAUAGAAGCCUAAAUAAGUCCCAAUUUGCUCGCACCACAUCAUUUUUGCAGCAUCCUGUGUUCAACAGUCAUCGGUCUGAAACAAGGAUAGUCCGAUACAUGAAAUCUUUAGAAAAUAAAGAUGUGUCUCUUGUGCACAGUAUGAUACCACUGGGAUCCUGUACGAUGAAACUGAAUUCCACAACAGAGAUGAUGCCUUGCAGCUUACCAGGUUUCACAGACAUCCAUCCUUUUGUUCCUAUCGAGCAAGCCAAAGGGUACCAACAGUUGUUCGCAGAACUGGAGAGGGAUCUGUGUGCCAUAACUGGCUACGACAACAUAAGUUUCCAACCGAAUAGUGGAGCUCAAGGAGAGUAUGCUGGGUUGAGAGCUAUACAAUGCUACCACGAGUCCAAUGGAAACAAGCAUCGGCAAGUCUGCUUGAUCCCUAUCUCAGCUCAUGGUACGAACCCUGCUUCUGCUCAGAUGGCUGGCAUGCAAGUGAAACCUAUCCUGGUGCGGAAAGACGGUUCUGUAGACAUUGCGCAUUUAACAGAGAUGAUUGACAAACACAGAGAGACGUUGUCUUGUUUGAUGAUAACCUACCCAUCUACGAAUGGUGUGUUCGAAGAGACCAUUGGUGACAUUUGCUCCAUGGUUCAUCAGGCUGGGGGUCAGGUGUACUUAGACGGAGCUAAUAUGAAUGCUCAGGUUGGACUGUGUCGUCCAGGUGAUUAUGGCAGUGAUGUAUCACACUUGAAUUUACACAAGACAUUUUGCAUUCCUCAUGGAGGCGGAGGACCAGGAAUGGGACCCAUCGGAGUUAAAAGACAUCUCGCCCCUUUUCUUCCAUCUCAUCCUAUAAUUAACUGCGCCACCAAUGGCAUCAACAAUGUGAAACAAUCUGGCGCAGUGUCAGCUGCCCCCUUUGGUUCGUCAGCCAUUUUACCAAUUUCCUGGGCCUACAUCAAGAUGAUGGGCCCAAAAGGGUUGAGGAAGGCCACUCAGGUCGCUAUUCUCAACGCCAACUACAUGAGCAAGAGACUAGAGAAGUUUUACAAGACUCUGUACAAAGGAAAGACUGGGUUGGUAGCCCACGAGUUCAUCUUGGACGUGAGAGAUUUCAAGAAAACAGCCAAUGUUGAGGCUGCAGACAUAGCAAAGAGGUUGAUGGACUAUGGUUUCCAUGCUCCUACGAUGAGCUGGCCUGUGGCAGGCACGUUAAUGAUAGAACCGACUGAAUCUGAGGACAAGGGGGAAUUGGAUAGAUUCUGCAACGCUCUUAUUUCUGUAAGGCAAGAAAUUAGCGAUAUCGAAGCUGGAAAGUUAGAUAUUGCAAAGAAUCCAUUAAAAAUGGCGCCCCACACUCAAGAACAAGUGAUUUCGAGUACUUGGGAUCGACCUUAUUCGCGAGAAUUAGCAGCAUUUCCUUCAUCAUUCGUGAGAGGAAACAAGAUUUGGCCAAGCGUUGGCCGAAUAGACGACAUAUACGGCGACAAGAAUUUGUUCUGCACUUGUCCUCGCAUCCUACCGGACCAACAAUAAAAACCUCGUGAUUAUUCAUCCUGUACAGUUAGUUAUAAUCGAACUAUUUAAAUAUUUAUUAUAUUUUUGUACAAACAUGUUAUUUAUAUAAAAUAUUAUACUUUCACAAGCAGA